GCAGCAUUCAACAUGGCCUCAGAAGCAAAACCUCCCAUCCUCGCUGUCCCGCUUGAGAUUCGGUUCGAAAUAUACCGCCACACGUGGACGAUCCCAUUCAGCGAUGCCCGAGAACUUUCUGAGGGGAUGUUCGGACGAUGGAGUAGCCAGUCUCUAAAUUCAGAGAUGUGCUACUUCAACCUCCAAGUCAGACAACUUCAUGCGCUGGUGUCUAUUUGUCGGCAGAUCCGCAACGAGGUCCUUUCGGAAUACUUUCACCAAACUCAAGUUAUCUUUUGCAACCGGCUCACUAUCAGCCCCGAGAUUCAACAUCCAGCAUAUUCCAUUGCGCAUCGCAUCCAGUCCUCUCUUCUAUUUGCGUCCUAUACUCAGCACGUCAGAAUUCGUUGGAUUACGAAUAAUACUAGCACCCUGGUCUGGCUGUUGCAGCUGAAGCGACUCAAGACUCUCGAGCUGAUUAUCGAUGGGCCGCCGCGCUGUGUACAGUCAAUUCUCGACCAGACUUUUGACUCCAGUCUCUUUUGGAGACUCACAACCUUGCGCAACCUGGAAAAGCUUGUUGUCUUGAUCGAUUGUGUCUUGCGGGCAACACUGUACGUCCAGAGGAUUAAAGAUAUCCCCUCGAAGUCGGUGGAGGUGGACCUCAUACAGCCAGAAGAACAACCGACCUACGUAUUUAAGCAGCUCAUCGGCUUCGAUGUCCACGUUUGA